ACAAGAGAGGGAAAAAUAAAAAGAGAGCCUAUCAAGCUUUACAGUGAGUGAUUCCUGUCGGUGGUGGUGGCCCUCACCGGAGCAGAGCAGAGCAUUGAGCUCUCUUCACCGCCUUUAUAACGGCGAGCGCCGUGGCUGUGAUGAUGCAAAGAGAAAAAAGGCAGGAGCCCGCCGGAGCGGAAGGAGAAAGCUUGACUGACUAAGCCAUGGGGGAGUUCAAGCACCUGUGCCUGGUCAGGUUCAAGGAGGGCGUCGUGGUGGACAACAUCAUUCAGGAGCUCUCCAAGCUCGCAACAGAGCUCGACACCGUCAAGUAUUUCGGAUGGGGAAAGGACGUGCUGGAGCAGGAGGCGCUGACGCAGGGCUUCACCCACGUCUUCUCCAUGAGCUUCGCCACCGCCGGCGACCUGGCGGCGUGCAUGGCCCACGAGAAGCACGCCGCCUUCGCCGCCACCUUCAUGGCCGCCCUCGACAAGGUCGUCGUCAUGGACUUCCCCUUCGUCACCGUCAAGCCGGCGCCGGAGCCGGAGCCGGCGACCUAAUAUAUCCACCUAGAUCCAGUAGCAUCAUCACAUAUCUGCCUUCUCUAUCUCACAUCGUGCUGCUAUAUCAUGCACCUAAAGGCUAAAGCCGCCGCCGCCUCUAUCUCAUCUCCUUUCUCUGCUUGUCCUGCUACAUGCUUCAGUGUUGAGCUGCUGGUGUAAGUGUAAACGUCUCGAAAAUGGUUGUCUGGUUGAUUAUCGUUGAAUAAAUUCCGCCGAUUUUCUUUUCUUUUA